AUGAGUCGAUCGGAUGUUAAUCUAUUGGAUCUACCUGAUGAGAUAUUACUUAUUAUUUUGAAAAAACUGAAUAAUAUUGAUGUGCUUUAUUCAUUAUUGGACGAUAAUAAUAAACAUCUAUAUAGUCUAGCACAAGAAAAAAUCUUCACUAAUACUCUCAAUUUUGUAUCCAUUGAUAAUAUUUCAUCAAUUAAUCAGCACAAACUUGAUCGAUUUUGCAUUCAUAUCUUGCCAAAAAUUCAUCAAAAUGUGGAAUGUUUUAUUGUUGAACCAACCUCAAUGGAAUGUAUUCUUCUUGCUACUCAUUAUCCAAAUCUAACCGAACUUAAACUUUUCAAUUUCAAUCAAGAAAUCGCUUUAAAUUAUUUUAUAAGUAAUGAAUCAUCUCUUCGAUAUAUCUUUCAACAAAAAAUUACAAAUCUUAUUCUUGUAAAUAAUGACGAACGCCGUGGGAUAGGAUCAUUGGAAAACUAUACUAGAAAUGUUUAUGAACAUAUCUUGAAGUUCUUUAAAAAUUUAAAACAUUUGAGUAUUAUUGAAACACUCAAUCUACCAUAUCCACCUUUAUCAAUCUGUGAUUCACCAUCAACUAUUUUUUUCUCUUCCACUCUUACUCAUUUAUAUAUCAAUGUGAAUACAUUAGAUGAUUGUCUUUACUUACUUGAUGGUCGACUCAAACAAUUAACUACACUAAUUGUUCAAAUAUCUUACAUACACAAGUCUUCAUUAAUCAUUCACAAUAUGAAUAAUUUACCUAAUUUGAAAUGUUUUUCAUUCAAAUAUUAUCGUCCAAUUGAUAACUAUGAUCAGAAGAUUUUACCUCUUCUUCAUCGUAUGACAUAUCUGGAAAAAUUAACUUUAUAUCUUCGUAUAAAAAAUCGAGGUACAUUCAUCGAUAAUACUCAUCUUCAAAAUGAAAUUCUUUUUUAUAUGCCAUACCUCCAUUCAUUUACUUUUUAUAUUGGUACUUAUGAUGAUACUGCUGAUUUAUUUCGUUAUGUGCCUAGACAAAAUAUUCAACACAUUGCUACAAAUACUGGACAUCAAUGUGUGACUAAUAUUGUAAAGUAUAACAGUAAUCGACAAGCUGUAUGUUGUAUCUUCUCACUUCCUUUUGUAUUUGAUCAUCUUCACGAUAUUGGCAACAUAUUUCCAGAUGUUGUAUUCAAAUAUGUUACGUAUUUGCUGCUACAAGAUGUAGUUCCAUUCAAUCAUGAAUUCUUUCUUCGGAUUGCCCGAUCUUUUCCAUUUUUGGAUCAUUUGCGUAUUAUAAAUCUUGAAUCACAGUCGUUGUGUAAUAUUAACUCACUUUCGUCUAAUGAUAGCCAAUCAUAUUCAAUCGUUAAAUAUCCUCAUCUUACUACACUUAACGUGAGAAAUGGAAAUAUUGACUGUGUUGAAGAAUUUCUAAAUGAAACAAAAGCAUUUGUACCAUGUCUAACUAGAUUAAUAAUUAAAUAUAAUGACUUGAAGAUUGUCACAAAAAACUUUACAAGUGAAGAAACACGACGCAAUUGUUCGACGAUAAAAAAACUUUAUGCGAUGGAUACAUUAGAUUUAACUCAUUAUUCUCAUUAUUUUCCUUCGUUAUAA